AUGCCUUUUCGCGGGCGGCCCAGCACCGCUUGCGCGCGGUGUCGCCAGCGUCGCCUCAAUUGCAACCAUGCGGAGCCUUGCUGCAGCUGCUGCGCCAGAGCCGGCGUGCCGUGCCCCGGCUACCGCAACCAGCUGGACCUGCGCUUCCGGGACGAGAAUGCUCUCGCGGCGGCCCGGGCCCUUCGCCAGGUGCUGCCAGGAAAGAAGAAACCCCCCCCACCGAAGCGCUCCGCUCCGCAGCUCGCCGUCGCUGCUGUGCCACCCUGCAUCGCCUACUCCGUAAAAGAGGCGGCGAGAUGCCAUCUCGUCUCCAACUACAUGCAGCCGCGCUCCCCCAAGAACGGCGAGCUCUCGUACCUCCUCCCGCUCGUGGAAAUGAGCAGCAGGCAUGCAGCCAUCGAGGCGGCGGUGAAUGCCGUCGCCAUGGCUGCGUGGGCCAACAUCCGGCUUUCGCCCAAGGCCAUGCUCAAGGCGCAGAGCGAAUACACCAUUGCGCUGGCAGAGACAAACAAGGCGCUGAGAAGUACGCAAGGCUGCAAGAAGGACGAAACGCUGGCUUUGGUGGUUCUCCUGAGCAUCUACGAGUCUCUUAGUAGAAUAUUCCAAGAAAAGCCGAAUCCGCCUAUACUUGCCCAGCUCACUCAACAGGCUGCUGCCUACCGGAAUCCCGACCACCAGGUCUUGGACCGACUAGCCUCUGCCGUGAUGCAACUCGCAGAUUUGUGCGCCGAUGCCAAGAUGCAUCAAGACCACGGCCACAAAGACAUCAUUUUCUUGGCUAUGAGGCUCGAUGCCGAACUUGUACUGGCACUUCUGGACAUCCCAGACCGGUGGCGCUACAACAGCCUCAAGGUUCCGCUCGAGGAUGGACGACCAAUCGUCAAAGGCAUUUGGGGCUGCGACUACCACGAAUAUGAGAGCUUGGAAGCCGCCAAAAUGUGGAAUAAUUACCGCUGUGCCAGGAUCGUGCUCCAGGAAUUAAUCAUCGACACAGUUAAAGGCCGUGGCUUCUCGACAGAUGCCCACUACUCUUCCGUGGCGACUCAAUGUCGACAGACUCUGAAGCAGCUCCUCGAAGACGUGUGUGCUAGUGUCCCAUUCUAUUUCGGGCUGCCCCAUUCCUCAAACGGCGAAGACGGUGGUAAUGGAAGCUUGAUCGGAGGGACAGGGUCCAGCGGCCUCGCGCUGAUGUGGCCUCUGCUUGUCGCUGCAAACUCGGGGAUAGCUUCGAGGGAGCAUCAAGAGUGGAUUGCCGUGUGUCUAGAUAAAAUCGGGCAUAGCAUGGGCCAUAACCAAGCAUUCUCCAUGGCAAAGCUACUGCGGGAGAGAAAGACGACGCGUUCCUUGUUGACAAGUUAG